UCUGACUCAAUUGCCGCCUUUCGGUACCCUCAGUCGUCAGUCUAUAAAACAUCGCCGUCGUGUAGAGUUCGUCGGUACGUUCGAUCGGAAUACGUGAAAUACGCGAAUGCCGCCGAAUCGGUAACGUAAUAGUAUAGUGUAGUUCGUAUUUGACCAUAUUCUUUUACCCUUGGAUUGUAAUCUUGGUUUUUUUUUGCUGUGGGUGCGUGUGUUAAAAUAUAUAUACGAGGAAAACUGGAAAAUACGCGGACUACCUGUUGAUCCAAAGAUCUUUGCCGGAUUUCGUGUGCUUGUGUUUGUUUUUUGUUAUGUUUUUUUGUUAUCGUUUGCCAAAGAUCCCCGGCUAAAAAAGCAAUCACUUUGCCGUGCCCCGCGCACGUGCAGACAAUAUAUAGUUUUGGUGAGAUAUUUGAAAAUAUUACCAAAUAUUUAUAAAGUAAUAACAAUAACAAACACAAAUGAUGGUGGAGCUAAGACGGAAGCUCGGGAUUUUGGUAUCCCUGCAAUUUGUUAUCAUAAGCCACACCUUUAACCUGGAACAGCGAUUGCCGAUCGUGAAGCACGGACAUCGACACUCCCACUUCGGCUACUCCGUAGCCACCCACACGAUUGGCGAGGCCAAUGGUCCCAACAAGACCCACUGUGUUUUGGUGGGAGCUCCACUCGAUCACAAUCGACAGCCGAACACCAACCACUCUGGCGCCCUCUGGCGGUGUCCAAUGACACAAAGUUUCGAUGACUGUGAACAAGUGAUCACCGAUGGCCGGCGCUCAAACGGAGCAUAUGAGGUUAAUACGCUCUUCGACAGCGAAAUCCUCUCACCGCCCGGCAAAGACGAAAUCAAGGAGGACCAAUGGAUGGGCGUUACGGUGCGAUCGAAUCCCCUGCAGGCCAACGGAUCCGGCGGAAAGGUGAUCGUCUGCGCCCAUCGCUAUAUGCACAUCGUGCGAGAAAAUCGCUAUGCCCAGGGUCUCUGCUACCUCCUUACGAACGACCUGCAGUUCGAGGAGGUCCACGAGCCCUGUAAAGGACGACCAGUGCAAAGGCACCACGAGGAUUACGGAGUGUGCCAGGCGGGCACAUCGGCCGCCCUACUGGACGAUGACACCAUGGUGUUGGGUUCCCCGGGACCGUACACUUGGCGCGGGUCCAUUUGGGUGACCCAGGUAGGCGGGGAGUACCUGCAGCGCGACAAGACAAUCUACUACAAUGAUCACUCGGAUGGGAGUUCGCCGGUGGACAAGUACAGCUACCUGGGUAUGUCGGUGACCGGUGGCAAAUUCUUUGGCCACAUGUCGUAUGUGGCUGGAGCUCCACGGUCCGAGGGCCAUGGACAGGUGCUGAUCUUCGACAAGUCCACCGAUAAUCCGAUGCCGGUGCACUCGAUCCUAGAUGGCGAGCAAUUCGGUUCUAGUUUUGGCUACGAACUGACCACCGCCGAUGUAAACGGAGAUCACAGGCCGGAUUUGAUAGUGGCAGCGCCUUUGUACUUCACCAAAACGGAGGGCGGAGCUGUCUACGUGUACCAGAACAACGAGGAUACGCUGCCCAAGAGCUACACACUGAAGUUGACUGGACCUCUAGAGAGUCGUUUCGGCCUGGCACUGGCCAACAUCGGAGACCUGAACAAGGAUAACUGCGAGGAUCUAGCCGUGGGAGCACCAUACGAGGGCAAUGGCGUAGUCUACAUCUACUUGGGCUCGCGGCAGGGUCUGAAUUCCAAGCCCGCCCAGAAGAUUCUAGCGUCGGAACUGGGUGGCACCAUGCCCAAUGGCCAACCGAUUCGCACCUUUGGCAUCUCCAUAGCCGGCAACACGGACUUGGAUGAUAACUCCUAUCCGGAUGUGGUGAUCGGGGCGUUUAACUCAUCGGCAGCCGUGGUCCUGCUGGCCAGACCUAUCAUCAGCAUCCAGACGAGUGUGCAGCGCGAGGAGCUGCGCAACAUGGAUCCCAAUAGGCCCGGCUGCCUGGCCGAUCCGGCCAGUAAUCUCACCUGUUUCACGUUCAGAGCGUGCUGCAGCAUCGAUCCGUACGAUGAGAAGAGCAAGGAACUCCGGUUGGCAUAUAGCGUCGAGGCGGAAACCUUCGAUCACCUGAAGAAAUUCUCUCGCAUCUUCUUCUUCGAUCAGGACAAAAAGCGGACUAAUGUCCUCAGUCGCGUGGUGAGGGUGCACACGAAUGGCAGGACAGAAUGCCAGGCGGUCACUGGUUACAUCAAGGCCAAUACCCGAGAUAUCCAGACUCCUGUGCGCUUCCGAUUAAAGUACUCGCUGGUGGAACCGCCCUUGGCCGAGUCCGCCCUGGUACGCCUCAAUCCGAUACUGGAUCAGACCCAGGCGCACGUCGAUUUCGAGGGCACCUUCCAGAAGGACUGCGGCGAUGAUGAUCUCUGCGAGAGCAACCUGGUCAUCCAGGCGGCGCCGAACAUUACUGAAUUCUCAGGCAAUGCAUACACACUGACUCUGGAUGAGACGGAACUGGAGGUCCGCAUCAAUGUGAGCAAUCUGGCGGAUUCCGCCUACGAAGCUCAACUGUUCGUAGCCCAUCAGGCGGGGGUUUCAUAUGUGGCAACCAAGAAGCCGACGAAUGCCACUUGCAACAGCUACAAUACCACCCUGGUGGCAUGCAGUCUUGGUAAUCCCAUGCUCCGCGACACCACCACAUUUGUGACCAUCCGAUUCCAGCCCAAGGGAUUGGAGCCAAGUGAGAAGACCAUGCUGUUCCACAUAUUCGCCAACACCACCUCCAAGCUGGUGGGACGCGAGCGUCCCGAGCAGGAUCUUCUCGUGAAUGUGGUGCGUCGGGCGAAGCUUAACUUCCGCGGUUGGGCCAUACCCGAGCAGAGUUUCUACAGUGGAUCGAGUGGGGCUAGUUCGGUUGCCACUACUGUCGCCGCCGAGACAGAGGGACAUGGUCCAAUGGGAAUGGACGAUGUGGGCUCCCAGGUUCAUCACAUGUUCACCAUCUUCAACGAGGGACCAUCGACGGCGCCGAAAGUACAAAUGGUCAUCCACUGGCCGUACUCACUGUACAGUGAUCCCCAGAGCGGUCGACCGGUUCAGUAUCUGCUCUACCUGGAGCAAGUACCCACCGUGGAAGUCAGCCAGGGCGAAUGCCAUGUGGCCAAGGAGUAUGUUAAUCCGCUGAAUUUGGCCAGUGGUUCCAGGGAAAAUCCAGCUUUCCUGAGUGCUCCGGCCCAGAUGAGAAUGUUCCCCUCGCAUGCGCGUCAUUCGUUCAACAAGAGCUUGAUCCACUCGCAGAGAAGCUACUUCUCCAGCAGCCACCUGGACGAGCAUUCGGAUGACUCUCGAUCAAACCGCAAUCGAGUCCGUCGUAGUUUCCUAGAACGGGUGACCCGCCUGGAGCGGUUAAUGUACGAUCCCGAGAGUAGCAAUGCGGCGGGACCGAAUGGCAAGAAGCAGGACAUCGUGGAGCUGGACUGCAACAAGGGCGCGACGAACUGCGUCCGCAUCGAGUGCGACAUCCUAAACAUGCCCGCCAUGUCCGAGGCCCAGGUGGUGGUCAAGGCACGCCUAUGGAACUCGACGCUGGUCAGUGAAUAUCCUCGGGUGGAGAGGGUAAGGAUUUUCUCGACAGCCACGGCCCAAAUACCCGAAAGCUAUGGCGUCGAGUUGUUGGAUCACAAUAACAUAGAGGUGGAGACGCGGGCUUAUCCGGAGUUAGGGAACCAACAGCGCGACACAUCGAUACCCUGGCUGAUUAUCAUCCUGGGCAUCGUGGGCGGACUGCUCCUCCUUGCGCUGGUCACCUAUGUGCUGUGGAAGGUAGGCUUCUUCAAGCGCAUCCGACCAACGGAUCCGACGUUAAGCGGCAAUCUGGAGAAGAUGAACGAGGAGAAGCCCUUCCUGGCGCAAUCAAAGAAUACGCACCACGUUUUCUAACAAGAGGGCACC